AUGGAUGUUCACAAACUCAGAGAAUUGGUCUUUAUAUCGAAGACCUUUUCCGGGAAUGAUGCGAAGCUGAGAGAUUUGAGUCAUGAUGUCCCACCCAAUUAUCAGGUCUUUAUUGGGGAGUUUGAUUUCAUUUCAUCAUCUGGAGGAUCAGCCAUAAAUAUUGAUGAGGUUACUGGCACAAUAGGGAGGGAAUCAACUAUAGGAAUUGAGAAGGAUGAAGAGGAAGAAAGAGAUACUGAAUCUGAUUCAGUAUCAGGAGAAGUUUGUUCUGUUGGGAACAAAGUCUGCUUUUCUGGAGUGGCAGAAUCUGGUUGUUGGAUGACAGGGUGGGCACACAUUGGGGUCGGGCACUGCGACUUCUUCAGCAACCGGAUCUACAACUUUACUGGCAAAGGCGACCAAGACCUUUCCCUCGACCCGACCUACACCUCUCAAUUGAAGGCCCAGCGCAAGACGCACUCCAAUAACGUUACCACCGUCGCGAUGGACCCCGGAAGCCCCCUCUCCUUCAACAGCCACUACUACACAGCCUUGAACCCAAACUGGGGCCUCUUCCAAUCCGACACCAUGCUUCUGAGCGACAAGGAGUCGAGCAAGAUCAUCGACAAGUUGCUGGUCCAGGAUAGCUUCUUCACCGAGUUCAGGCAGUUGAUGAAGCAGAUGGGCGCGCUCCAGGUGCCUAUGGGGAGCGACGGCGAGAUCCGGAAGCAAUGUAAUGUGAUUAACUAG